AUGCCCCGCCCCCUGCCCCCUCCGGGCCACAGAGGCCUGGAGCGGCCUCGGCCCACCCAGGGCCGCCCCACCGGAGGACCUCCGCGCCCCUACCCCCGGGUCACGCCCGGAAGGUCCAGAGCCCCCGCGUCCGGCCACACCAUCCGCCGGGCGGCCCCAGGGACUCUGCCGCCGAGGUCAGCCCAGCCUCCGGCCAGCGUGCCCGCCCCCUCCAGCUGGGCCCACCCAGGGCCGCCCCACCGGAGGACCUCCGCGCCCCUACCCCCGGGUCACGCCCGGAAGGUCCAGAGCCCCCGCGUCCGGCCACACCAUCCGCCGGGCGGCCCCAGGGACUCUGCCGCCGAGGUCAGCCCAGCCUCCGGCCAGCGUGCCCGCCCCCUCCAGCUGCAGGGGCCCGGGACCGCGCCCCCGCCAGGGCUUUCGGGCUACGACUGGAGCCUGGUGCCCAUGCCCGUGCGCGGCGGCGGCGGCGGCGCUCUCAAAGCCAAGCCGCACGUGAAGCGGCCCAUGAACGCCUUCAUGGUGUGGGCGCAGGCCGCGCGCCGCAAACUGGCCGACCAGUACCCGCACCUGCACAACGCGGAGCUCAGCAAGACGCUGGGCAAGCUGUGGCGCCUGCUUAGCGAGAGCGAGAAGCGGCCGUUCGUGGACGAGGCGGAGCCCCUGCGUGUGCAGCACAAGAAGGACCACCCGGACUACAAGUACCAGCCGCGCCGCAGGAAGGGCGCCAAGGCCGGCCAGGGCGACCCCGACGCGGGCGCCGAGCUGGGCCACCACCCCGGGGGUGCCGCCGGGUACAAGGCGGACGUGGGCCUUGGCGACACGCACCACCACGCCGACCACCCAGGCCAGACCCACGGGCCGCCCACCCCGCCCACCACCCCCAAGACAGACCUGCACCACCCCGGGAGCAAGCAGGAGCUGAAGCUGGAAGGGCGCCGCCUGGUGGACACUGGGCGCCAGAACAUCGACUUUAGCAACGUGGACAUCUCGGAGCUCAGCAGCGAGGUCAUGGGCAACAUGGACACCUUCGACGUGCACGAGUUUGACCAGUACUUGCCCCUUAACGGCCACUCGGCCACGCCUGCAGAGCCCGGCCAGGCCGUCACCAGCUCCUACGGCAGCACCUCCUACCCGCACGCUGGCACUGCUGGUGGCGGGCCAUCCCCUGGGUGGGCCCCCAAGGGGGCCCCGGCAGCCUCUGCAUCGCCCACGGAGGCGGGCGCACCCCGCCCACACAUCAAGACAGAGCGGCUGAGCCCCGGCCGCUACAGCGACCAGCCGCACGGCUCGCCCGGCCGCUCUGACUUCGGCUCCUACAGCGCCCAGGCCGGCAUGGCCACGGCUGCCUCUGUGGGCUCCUUCGCUGGGCCACAGUGCGACUACGCUGACCUGCAGGCCCCUGGCUACUACAGCCCGUACCCCGGCUAUGCACCUGGCCUCUACCAGUGCCCGUACUUCCACUCCUCACGCCGGCCCUACGCCUCACCCCUGCUCAACGGCCUGUCCCUGCCACCGGCCCACAGCCCCCCAGGGACCUGGGACCAACCCGUGUACACCACCCUGACCAGGCCCUAGGGCCACCUGCUCUCAAUGAGGACAGACCAGGACUCCGAGGGCCCGGACAGGGAGGGGAGACCAGGGGCCGGCAGCCAUGCCCGCCACGUGCCCACUACGCUGGUGGGGACCACCUUCGUGGCCAGCACCGCCUGUGUGUCCCGACCUCUGGGCUCCUACUGGCGUUGGAUCGCCCUUGUCCUUUCCUGUCCCCUCGAGGUGGCGGGUGAUUCUGCAGCCAAGGACAGCCGGUUCAUCCCCUCCUGGGGGCCCUCAGCCACGUGCUCUGUGUCCCGGCGUCUCAGAGGGCCACACGAGGAGGCAGCAGGAGGUCCCGGGUCAGCCUUGGUGCUGCAGACCCCGGGGGCCUGCCAAGAGCUCUUCCCAACGAGGUUUGGCAGAGAUUCACAAUUCUCUUUUUAUUUUGAUUAUUUUCAUUUUUGAAGCUUAAAUGUGUCUGUUUUGCAAGCUGUUAAAGAUGUAUUUAUGUUCUGUAUCACUUUGUCUUCAAACAACGAAGCCAUUCGUGCAGAGUGGCGCCCAGGGCAGCCCAGGAGCCGGAGCGUCCCUUCCGCGGUGGGGGUUGCGGCGGCCAGAGGCCCCGAGGGAGGCGGGCCUGGCCUCCCGUCUGCCUGGCCUGGGCUGGGACUUGGAGAGGAGGUCGUCCGUGCCACGUCUGUGCCAGGUGGUGGUGGUGGAGGGCUCCCUGGGAGUGGUGGCUGCAGAGGUAGAGGUCUUGGCCCACAGGCACGGCGCCUCCCACCCACUGUGGAACUCGCACUCCCCCGGCCAGGGCCUGGCGGUGCCCUCCGCCAGCUCAGCGCCUCGCGUGCGCCAUGCGCCAGUGCGACCCCAGGGAUGUGCCUCCGGACCACCUUUGCAGACCUCUGGGAAUUGCUCCUCUGUAGCUUUUCUAC